AUGGCUCGAACAAAAACAAUGGCAUAUAAAAAUCCCAGAUCAUCAUCUCUAUCACCUUCACCAUCCCCAUCUCCAUCUCCAGUCAAUUCACCAUCUCCUCCACCCAAAAGAACACCUCCCCAUUCAUCCUCUGAAAAAACAUGUUCGGAUUACCUAUCCUUAUCCCCAAAACAAUGUCCUCAACCUCUCUCAACUAAUCUUCCUCUUUUAUAUCAAUGUCCCACCCCUUCCUUUAGUCAAUGCCUGCCCCAUCUUCGAAACACUAUGAACCCUAGUUCCAAAACCUCAUCUUCUCAACGAAGAUCAAUGCGCAUUCAAGCAGGAAUUGGAACUUCUCAAAACAAAAAAGUUGACACCACCAUUUACACAAUUUCUGAUGACGGUUUUGCACCUUCGCCACCUCAAUAUACUCCCAAAUCACAAACUGCUCAUACAUACCAAAAGUCCCCAUAA